CGUGGGAUCUUGGGGAGACGAGAAGUCUUAAAUGAGAGAAGCUAGAUUCCGAGUCUGUUGUGUUUUUGUUGUGACAGGCUGAUAUCAGUGAUCUUGUAGAUUAUACGAGAAAUGCCACCAAAAGGGAAAGGUGGUAAGGGUGGGAAAGGGGGCGGUGGCGGUGCUUCUGGCAGUGGAGACUCGGAAAAGAAAGAGAAAGCACAGAAAGGAGGCACUGCUGUCAAGGUCCGACAUAUUCUAUGUGAAAAGCAUGGAAAAUGCAUGGAAGCUAUGGAAAAAUUGAAAGCUGGUGUACGUUUCAGUGAAGUUGCCACACAAUUCAGUGAAGACAAAGCCAGACAAGGGGGCGACCUGGGCUGGAUGACUAGAGGAUCGAUGACGGGCCCAUUCCAGGAUGCUGCAUUUGCCUUACCGGUCAGCACUAUGGACAAACCUGUAUACACAGAUCCACCUGUCAAAACAAAAUUUGGUUAUCACAUCAUCUUGGUCGAGGGAAAGAAAUAACUGAACCUGUGGUUUGGUCCUCAUACGCUACAGCUCUGACAGUGCCCAUUGUUGAAGAUUUGAUUUUUCAUUUUAUUGUGUUGUUUAUUAAUGCGACUUGCAGCAAUAUUUUUGUUAGGAGGUGUAAGAAAGAAUAAAAACAUAAAAUGCUGUCAUUA